GCGGAAGUGACGCGGCUUUGAAAGAGCCGUUGGAGUUUGUUGACAAGGAGUCGAUCAAACAAGCCUGUCCUCCGCCUGAGCGCUGAUUCUGUCCGACAGAAGAGCUGUGUGUGCGAAGAGAUGAAGAGAUGAGGGGACGAGUGAGUCUGAGGCCCAGUCCGAACGAGGAGGCGCAGCUGGAGAGAGACGAGCUGCACAGGAGGAGGAAACUGCGUCUACAGCAGGUGCGCGAGCAGGAGCGCUUCAUCGCGCGGCAGGUGCGCACGCAGGUGCAGGAGCGCAGACAGCAGCAGAUGCAGACGCUCGCAGACUCCCUGCAGCUCCAGUGGCAGCAGCAGCAGAUGCUCAGACUGCAGGCCUUAUCCACACACUACCAGCACAGCCUGAGAUCUGUCGGACACGGACACCGCAGCGCUCGGGAGAAUGAGCCUGAUCUGGAGGCGCUGGCUCAGAGGAGUGUGGAGAGGCAGGAGCGUGCGGAGGAGAGACAUCGGGAGGCUCUGAGAGAGCUCAGCACCCGCAGACAUGAGGAAGAGCAGCAGCAGCGCCGGCAUGCUGAAGCACGGAGGAAAGCUCUGCUGGAGGAGAAGAGGAGAGCUGAGAGAGUGGCCAGUCUGCCGGCGCCUCCUCCAGACCCAGUGCAGAGCAUCGGGAAGAAGACGCCGCGUCCACUCAAGUGUGCAGCAGCAGAGCGUUUCUCUCUCACACACUGUCACAUGACACAAACCGCUGUGGACAGAGAGACCGACACCGAGCAGCAGCUGAGCGCUCAACAGGCCGCAGCGCUGGAGAUCCAGCGUUUGGAGGAGUUGCGGCGAGAGGAAGCUCGUGACAGGCAGGAGCGGCUGGAGAAAGCUCGACUGAGAGGAAACCACGCGCUGCGGAGAGAGCAGCACACGCAGGAUCGCGCGCGGCUGCUCUGUGAGCUGGAGCGUCUGCAACAGGCUGAUCUCCUGCGCCGCAGACAGGAAGUGAACACCGUCCCAGCGCAGAUCUUCCAGCCUCUCUACAGACAGCAAGAGCUGCGGGACGAGCAGCAGCGGGAGCUCGAGAUCGCCUUUCAGGACGUCUGCACAGAGGAGCGCAAGGUCAAAGGUGACUUGGUGAUGCAGCUGGUACCUGAACCUCUUCCUCCUCUGUCCGCCUCUAGUCAUGAUGAGGAGCUGGAUGUGACCCUUGACCCUGAAUGUGCACCUGAAGGGGAGGAGGCCGAGACCCCAGGCACUGAAACAGCAGCAUCCUCUGCUCCUCCGGCUGACGCGGGCAGACGGGCUCUGAGCAGACUGCUGGAGCGCAUCAGGAGGCAGAGAGAUCAGAGGAGCCGUCAGCAGACCACAGACACGCCAGUGACGUCACGUGAUGCAGACACACAGGAGGAAGCCUUGAGUGUUGAAACAGGAUCUUUAAGCAGCCAGGAAAAAGCUUCAGGAGGCAGUUUAGAGCAGCAGACGCCCAGCACAACACACACUGAGGACGCUCCUGAUAUUAGUGAUGAAGCCGUGGUGGCAGGAUCGGUGCUGCCGGUGGAGGAGCGGGUGGAGAGCGAGAGGAGAGCACACACGGACCAGCCGACCCAUGUGGAGGUGCUGUUGAGACGGCAGCAGGAGCAGCUGGCUCUGCUGGAGGAGCUGGAGGAGAAACGCCGUGAGCUCGAGCAGCGCUUGAGAGACACUCCGCACACCAGCGCCACACUGCAGGAAGCUGCUCACAGGCAGAGCACAGCACUUCCUGAACCGCCUGCAGAGGUUAAGCCAGAUGUCACGCAUACGCAGAGACUCCAUCAGUACCAGCAGAGGCUCCUGGAGCAGAACAGACUUCAUAAGAAGUGUGUUGCAGAAGCUCGUCGACGGCUGGAGGAAUAUCAGCGUACUCUGAAGUUACGAUACACCAGUGGCAGCACAUCAGCAGCACUACCGCAGCCUUCCGUUCCUCUGGAGACACGAUCUGCCCACAGCCCUGCACUUCCUCUCGUUCUCCACCCUGAUCCUCAUGUCCUCCAUCCAGGAAAAGCUCCUGCUCCGUCACAGCAGCCAAACCCCUCUGGAUCUGAGUCCAGCUCACCGCAGGAUGGACAGGAAGACCGUGUUCCUCUUCCUCCCCCCUCUGUGCUUCUGGAGCUCCUGCGCAGCCGCCAGCAUCAUGCAGUGCCGCGGUCCGCUGAGAUCAGUGCUUCAGUGACGGCGUCUUCCUUCGGUCCGGUCCAGACAUCAGUGACGCAGCUUCAGAGUGAGCCGUGUGUGGAGGCAGACAGACAGGAGCUGAGGAGACAGAGAGACUUCCUGCAGGCUCUGAUCACAGCAGACAGACAGGGUUCAGCGUUGAGCUUCAGUGAUGUUCAGACAGACCGGACGACUUUGAGCACUUUGCUAAAUACCAUUGAGGAAGCUAACGGCCACACUGAACCCUCGACAGCACCCAGCCAACGGGACAGAGCCACACUCACUACAACACUCCUCUCAGACGGCUCUGUAUAUGAUCCAGCCCCAGUGCAUCGUGGGAGAGUGAAGCCACCAGUGUCUCGUCCUCCUGCCCGUUUGGCCUUCUUACAGCAGAUGGAGCAGCAUGAACUCAGUGCUAUACAGGAAGUGGACACUCCAGUCAACAUCAGCCUGGACACAGAGCUGCAGUCUGUUGAUGUGAGCGAGUCCAGCAGCACGUCUCUGCCCGCCGUCUCCUCUGAAGACGGUCACAGCGUGAGUCAAAGGUCACAGGUCACGGGCAGAAUCAGCCGCAUGUCCUGGAGAGAAAUGCUCCUGUGUGACUCCACAGCCUCAGCGAGUCCAUCCAGUAUGAAUCACCAGCGAGAGUGCUUUGGUGCUGUUGAUCCAGACUACCUCUCAUCCACUACGAUCUCGACAGGAAGCUACUCCACCAGUGACCAUGAGCCCAGUUACGCUAUUUCAGAAGCGUCUCAUCUCUGCACCGAGCCUGAUGUGUGUGGCCCGUCACCCAAAUCCAGUUCCUGUCACAUGACCGCUGCCCAGGCACAGGAAAUGAGAGACUCUGUGCAGCAGAUCAUAGAUAAAUACAGCAAAGAGCUGAACGCUUCACUGAGACACGCAGGAGUGACCUCAGGUGCGGUGAACACCAGUUCAGCGUCUCAGUCCUGGUCCAGUGCGCUUCAGGAGGAGUGUUCACUGCGUGAUGGAGAUGCAGCGGAGCACAGGAGCUCUCUGAGUUCAGCCGCAGCUCUGUCCAGCACCGAGCUCUCAGGUGUUUUCCAGCCGCUACUGCCUCAUCCAGACAUCGACUCUUCCUCUUCAUCAUCGAGAGAUGCAGUGCGAGAUGAUCAGAGCACUAGAGCUCAGGGCUGGAGCGAGACUGUAAACCGGAUCCUUGAGCGCCUCUCUGAUCAGUUAUCCAUCAGACAGAGCGAGCAGGGUCACGGCACCACGCCUGCUGAACCGUCUCGUCUGUCAUCCUCUGUGUGUCGUGAUCAGGACAGACACCUGAACGAGUCCAUUGUGAGGCAGAACCGGACCAGUCACGUUCGACGCACACACUCGAGCGCUGAAGAUCAGUUACCCUCUCCUGAUCAGUCUGCGUUCAGCCAGUUGAUUGGUAAAGCGUCAGAUAUGGGUUCGUCUCAGGUGUUUGAUCAGAGCAGCGUCCUCGCCGAUGGACCGGAGGAAGUGACUCAGAGCACAGCUGCAGGACCCGCUGAGGUCGGCUCAUCGCUCCAGCCGUCAGUGUCACAGAUGAUGAGCGAUGAUGCUCUGACUGACGGCCCACAGGAUGAUGCAUCAGAUCUGUUUCUUCCUCUGCCUUCUGACGUCACCACCAAUGAGACGGCAGACUGUUCGACGGCUCUCUGCGUCCCGCUGGAAGCAGAACCGUGUGGCGCACAUGAUGCUGAAGCCUCUGACUGGCUGGAGUCCACAGAUCAGUCCCUAACAUCCCUGCAGCAUCUCAGAGUCGACACGCUGCUUCAGUCUCAGUCAGACCUGCAGAUAUCCAUGGAUGCGCUCUCUUUUACCCACGAGUCUCUCUGUGACACCGAUGCUGUGGCUCCACCCACUGCUGCAGACGUGAGCCUCAUGCCACGCUCCCCUCUCAAGCCCGCUCUACAGGAAGAUGCACCACAGGAAGUGAGCUCGGAGCCGCCGCCGCACCUGACCGAGCUCUUAGAGCGAGCACAGGCGGCGGGUGACGUGAAGGGCAUCCUGGAGGAGUCCACCAUCUCCUUCAUCAGUCUGCCAGAGUCAACACUACAGGAUCCUGAGCUCACCCUCACACAGACGCCAGACACAGGAAGUGCUGCACAGGAAGUGGGCGAAUCACAGAGCCGUUCGGACGACAGCCAAUCAGAGCGGCCAGAGGCGGCAUUCCCUCAUGCUGUGAUGCUGCUGGAGUUUCAGAGCUCGUCUGCUCCGCAGCAGCGCCGGCGGGAUCGUCUCGCUCAGAGGUCAGCGCUCAGAGCCGCCCAGAUCAAAGCCAGAAAAACCACAGCUGUCCAGAAAGUGUCCAGAGCCACAGGACGCACAGAUCCUAAACCACACACAGCUGAAUACACACGUCUCACACAACGACUGCUUCCAGCUGACAGACUGAAGCGCGUGGCUGAGGUGCGGAUCUGCUCUGAUGAACACACACGCUGUGAGGAGGCUACGAUGUACCGCCGCACACACAGAUUGUACAAUCAGUUAGAGGAAGUUAAACAGAAGAAGGAGCUGCGGAGCCGUCAGGAAUCGUACGCUAAGAACCGGGAGAAGGCCAGAGACUUCCAGAGGAAGACGCUGGAGAAACUGAGGGCCAAACUGAACCGCUGACGUGCUUGGAGAUUCAUCGCUGCUGUUUGUUAUUGGUCUCAAUCAGAUUUUAAAGUGUCAAGCAAUUUUAUUUCUGUCUGUAUGUUGUGUAUUUUAAGUAAA